UCAGGGGUUCCUCUUCCCUGUGAGGACCUGAAACUUCUGCUUGUGUGAGGGCACUACAUUUCUAGAGCAUACCCUGGGAAAGGGGAUGCAGCCAUCCAAAGAGAAGGACCUUGCUAAAUUGCAUUAAAUGUAGCUUCUCUCUUGCUGUGAGAGCUCGUGGGAAAACAAGGGAGGGUCCUAGAAACUCAAGGAUUGCAGGACUGGUAAACCUGGCAAAGUCACUACCCUUGCACUUAUGCCUGUAAAAUCCUGAUACAUUUCAGAGGUUAUUCAAAACUGGGCAGGGGGGUAAAACUUCAAGUACCACUUUGCCACAUUUCAUUUGAUGUCAAAUUGGUUGUUUAGUUUUUCCCCGGAAGAGACUCCACCUCCUCUCAAAGUCCCCUUAAAACCUGUAGAGAUUUUAUCCCAGCGCGACUCCUGCCUCGCGUUUAGUGGUUACGCAGGGAAAGAAAAGCAAAUGUCCUCAGUCCUGCUGCAGAGGAUUCAGACACCUGGUUCUUUGGAAAAUCCCUGCCCUGGAAAAGGAUUUCCACUUGGAUUGAAGUGUUUUAUGGCUUGAUACUUCUACUUGUAUUUUCUUGACCCUAAAAGUAAUCUAAAGGAAGACACCGCUUGUCACCGACCUGGAAAACACCUUCCUUCCCUCCAUCUUUUUUCUUCCUUUUUAGAGGAAAAAUAAACUUAAGGGAGAGAGUUGUUUGUUAGGUUUUACUCGUCAAGUGGAGGUUAAAAUGCCAGGGAAGAAGGAGGACGCCCUUGGCAUCGCUCAUCUCCUCCUGGAACUGCAUUGCAUCACUUGGAAAACAGGAUGAGAGGAUGAGACACCUCAGCCUGAUGUCUUUUUAACAGCCCUUAGUUACAUGCAUGGAAAUUCAUACCACCAGCAUCUACUGCAAGAAAAUGAGCAGAUGCCAGAAGAUUUUCCUUUACACUUAGACGAAGAAGAAAACCAUGGGCAUGUUGUCUGUUUUUAAUGCCAGCAACGUUUCACAGGCUGACUCCCUCGAGGACAGUGGCAACUGGACGUGGGUGACCCAGUUCACCCAGCCAGGAUGGAGAAUUGCUUUGUGGGCUAUCACCUAUUCCUUCAUCGUUAUCACAUCCAUCGUUGGCAACGUCACCAUUAUCUGGAUUAUCCUUGCACACAGGAGAAUGAGGACCACUACCAACUACUUCAUCGUGAAUCUGGCUCUUUCGGAUCUGCUGAUGUCUGCUUUCAACACCAUCUUCAAUUUUAUUUAUGCCAGUCACAACGUCUGGUAUUUUGGCGAGGAAUUCUGCAGGUUUCAGAACUGGUUCCCCAUCACUGCAAUGUUUGUGAGCAUUUACUCCAUGACAGCCGUGGCUGCAGAGAGGUAUGUGGCAAUAAUUCACCCCUUCAAGCCCAGGCUCUCUGCUGCAAGCACCAGAGUCAUCAUUGGGAUAAUCUGGCUGGUGGCAUUUGGGUUGGCCUUCCCACAGUGCUUCUAUGCCGAGAUCCUGACGGACAACGGAACCACGAAAUGCAUCGUGGUCUGGCCUGACGACGCUGGAUCCAAGCACCAGCUCACGUACCACAUUGCCGUGAUCGUGUUGAUUUAUUUGCUGCCUUUAAUGGUGAUGUUUGUUGCAUACAGCAUUAUAGGAAUCACUCUGUGGAGAAGUGCAGUUCCAGGCAACCACCUCCACCGAGCCCGCUAUGAACACCAAGUUAAUGCCAAAAAAAAGUUUGUGAAGACCAUGGUGGUAGUGGUGAUCAUUUUUGCUGUCUGCUGGCUGCCCUAUCACAUAUACUUCAUCCUGGGGAGCUUUAAGGAAGACAUCUACCAGCAAAAGUACAUUCAGCAGGUGUAUCUUGCAGUCUUCCUCCUUGCCAUGAGCUCUACCAUGUACAACCCCAUCAUAUACUGCUGCCUUAACCAGAGGUUUCGUUCCGGUUUCAAGUUGGCCUUCCGGUGGUGUCCAUGCAUAAAAGCAACUGAAAAAGACAAACUUAAACUUACGUCCCCAUCUCUUUACCAGACAACCCACAGGAAGUCAAGAACAAGCAGUUUCGACACAGGAACUCAGCUGAAUGAGAAAGAGAAGACAUCAUUUACCCUCACCCAACUAAAGCUCUGAUUUCCUCCUCCUGGUUCUGGCUCUAUCCUCACACACCAUGUCAGGGCAGCAGAUUUGUAGAAGCCCAAGGCAGAUUUUUUUUCUGGAGCAACUGUUUCCUACAAGACUUCUUUAGAUGCCAUCAGCAUUAAAAGCAGCCUGCUGGUAAUACUUGUGUCCAUGUAGGUCCAAAUAUCACCCAGCUAUGGAUGUAAGUUUAGCUCUCUCAUACAUCAACAACUGCAACACAGAACAGAGAUCAUGCCCCUGAGGUCAGAAGAGCAGCAGACCUGAGGCAGUGCCCAUCAGUGGAAUAGCAAUUAUUCUCUUCCACAUAGUGAUCUCCUGCCUUCUCUUCCACCAAGACACUUAAAUCUGGAAAAGAGGUGCUGGAGCAGCAGCAGAGGUGCUGGGGCUCAUGUGGCCCAGUUUGGAUGGACCGCCAGGGCUGUGUGGGCAGCUAAGUCCCAUGGCUCAGCAGCCCCAAGGCGGGUAAGACUGUGGAUCAAAGCUUGUUUAUAUCAAAGGCAAAUACUAACACCUCGAGACUGAAAAAUCAGGCCUGCCCCGAAAAUUUUCUGAGUUCUGGAAUUUUCAUGCCUGCAAUUUCCCCAGCACUACCUCUCAUGAGUUAAAAGAGAGAAACAGUUCCUUAAGACAUCAUCAUUGCAUGGAUUUCUAUAACCUUGUACCAAAAUAUGAUGUCAUUUUCCUAUUAAACUAUUAAACUCCUAUUAACAAGUGAUUCCUCCUUCACAUAGUUAAUUGUGGAGCCUAAUUUGGAGAGUGAGGCUCUCUGGAGAGUCAGCAGCCAGGUGUGGGCUGCCCACUGGUUUGGUCAGUGCUCAUGGAUGCAUUCUGAAUCCUUCCCCUCCUUUUAGUCCUAACAGGAGCCUGACCCAUCACUGUCUUUUCCCAGAUAGUCCCUUCAUCUUCUCUUUCCAGACUUACCCCAUAUUUAUCCUCACUGCUCUUCUCUUCUCAGAUAUGAAAAUAAAGGCUGAAACAUGUAA